AUGAGAAGCAUCAUCUUCAUUAGCGUACCUCUAUCAUGUCGUCUUGUCUAUGCGCAGGCGUUCGGUGAUGAAGCACAAAGCAUCUCCAAUGUCGAUUGGGAGUUGGGAAUGCGCAACGCAAAUGCAACUGGGACGGCAAGCAUCCCUGGAUACAACAUUACCGCUAAGUAUCCAGGAGAGAGAAGCGAUAACUGGACGGUAUCGAUAUCGGUGUCCAGUGAUAUACAGGGGGGGAAUGCGGCUGGCGGUCAAUUUGUUACUGGCACUCAGAUCGAGUGGACAGCUCCUCAAGGUUUGAUUGGAUCAGCUGAUCCAUCGUGGUUUCUCUGCCGCACUGCUUACAGCAGUUCAAAAUUGAAGAAAUCCGAUUCCGCUCCGAGUCAGGGAAGCUGUAAUGGGAUAUUAUCCGACAGCUGCUGGAGUGAUCUCCAAGGGUCACUUGAAGCAGGCAAACAGUGCCAAAAUAACACCAUGCCUCCGAGUUGCGUUGACGAGCUUGGCUUGUCAGAUGGAGAAGGAUUUGGAUUAACAUCAGCACAUCCCAUCAAAAGCAAUAGCAGCAGCAGCAGCAGCAGCAGCACAUCGCUUCAGCUACGGUUUGGCGACGAAAGUCACGAGCUUGGAAACUUUACCGCUUAUGACAGCGCCAUUCGGCAAAUCUGGGUCGUGGUCACAGGGUUCGCCGAAGCUGGCAGUGAUAACGCACAUCCAAGGGGCUCUGCUGGCCAAUCAGGAAGCAUUGCAUGCAUCCAAGCCAGCGAAGUUCAGGGAGACAGCAGAGACUUUGAGAAUACGGCCAGCGUUACACCUUUAUCGUUAAUGAGCAUCUUGGCGGGUGUCAUAACGGUGGUUGCCUUGAUUUGA